AGCACAAAGUGAACCCACCGAGUAUCCAAGCACAGCAGACUGCAAUUGGGCAAUAUUCUUGGUGAAUUUGUAAAUUUCGCUGAUCUGUUUUUCUCUUGGCCAUAUAAAACCCGUCCCGUUUCAAAAAACCAUAGUCUUAAUUCUGUGAGCUAUGUGUGGACGACGACUGCUGUUCUUGGCGGCCUUUGGCUGCCUUUUGGCCAACGCGUUUUCGCUUCCGGCGACCAGGAAUGAGGAGUUCGACGACGGUUUCCCCGAAUCCGAGUUCGACUACGAGGAGAGGCACACUAGGGAAAUUCCGGCACAGGCCUAUGCCCCACCGAUCGUUUACAAUUCGCAGUCAAGCUACUCGCCGGCGAAGGACCAAGGAUAUUCUGCUCCUGCCGCCCCGGUUUAUUCGCCUGCCGCACCAUCGUAUUCAGCGCCUGCUGCUCCGUCGUAUUCGGCACCCGCUGCACCCAGCUAUUCAGCACCAGCAGCACCCAGCUAUUCAGCACCUGCUGCUCCAUCGUAUUCAGCGCCUGCAGCACCCAGCUAUUCAGCACCUGCAUCCUCCAGCUAUUCAGCGCCUGCUGCUCCGUCGUAUUCGGCACCCGCUGCACCCAGCUAUUCAGCGCCUGCAGCACCCAGCUAUUCAGCACCUGCAUCCUCCAGCUAUUCAGCGCCUGCUGCUCCGUCGUAUUCGGCACCCGCUGCACCCAGCUACUCAGCGCCUGCGGCACCCAGCUAUUCAGCACCAGCAGCACCCAGCUAUUCAGCACCUGCUGCUCCAUCGUAUUCAGCACCCGCAGCACCCAGCUACUCUGCGCCUUCUGCCCCAUCGUAUUCAGCGCAAAAGACAUCCUCGUACUCGGCUCCUGCCGCCCCAAGCUACCAUGCUCCGGCAGCUCCAGCAUCGUCGUAUUCAGCACCGGCUGGUCCUUCAUAUUCGGCUCCUGCUGCACCCUCAUAUUCAGCUCCAUCUUACUCAGCGCCUGCCUCAAGUUAUUCGGCACUCAAGGCUCCAUCUUAUUCAGCUCCAGCCGCUCCAUCUUACUCCGCACCUGCAGCUCCCUCAUAUUCCUCUUCUGCUUCUCCUUCAUAUUCAUCGCCUGCAUCGUCAUCUUAUUCAGCGCCAGCUGCUCCGACUUACUCAGCCCCUAAGGCUCAGUCGUACUCCGCUCCAGCCGCUCCAUCUUACUCAGCUCCUGCUGCUCCAUCUUACUCAGCUCCUGCAUCUUCAUCUUAUUCGGCACCUGCUGCUCCAUCUUACUCAGCUCCGGCUGCUCCAUCUUACUCAGCUCCUGCUGCUCCAUCUUACUCAGCUCCAGCAUCUUCAUCUUAUUCGGCACCUGCUGCUCCAUCUUACUCAGCUCCUGCUGCUCCAUCUUACUCAGCUCCUGCAUCUUCAUCUUAUUCGGCACCUGCUGCUCCAUCUUACUCAGCUCCGGCUGCUCCAUCUUACUCAGCUCCUGCUGCUCCAUCUUACUCAGCUCCUGCCGCUCCAUCGUAUUCAGCACCUGCAUCAUCUGGAUAUUCAGCAGCGCGAGCGUAUUCAGCGGGCUCUGCAGCACCAGCUUCUGGCUAUUCAGCGCCAAAGACUUCUUCCGGUUACUCAGCGCCUGCUUCGUCUGGAUCACCAGCUGCUUCAUCGUACUCAGCUCCUGCAUCCUCGACCGCAUCCUCUGGCUAUUCAGCGCCCGCGUCGAAGUCAUCGGGUUACGCUCGCUCCGAAAUGGAUCAUCAGAUCCUUGGUAUGGCGAGGACCGCUGGCGGCUACGGAUCAGCCGCUCCUUCUGCAGCUUAUGGUGCAGCCUCUCUCCCCUCACCGCCGUGUCCCAAAAACUAUGUGUUCAGCUGCUCGAGCGUUUUUACUCCAGCACCGUGCAGUCAGGGAUAUGGUUACUGAAUGCAAAUCCAAAGCUCCUGGCCAAACUGACUUGAAAACGAGAUUAAUAAAAAGCGAAUUAUGUGUGAAACG